AGAUAGGAAGUAGGGCUAUGUUUAUGCACUUACCAAAGUAUAACAUAGCAGGAAAGAAGAGAGAGAACGAGAAGUUCAAAGCUCGUUCCUUCGUCUUCUUUCUCGUCACGGUCACCAGCGCUCUCUCUCUGUUAAACCCGCUGUCCGGGUAGCAGAGUUUUGAAUCCUAGUUGCAGCGCAUAGUAAUUGGAGAGGGAGAGUUUGAAGGUUGGCAGUGGAGAUGGACAAUGGAGGAGGGAACUCUCUGCCCUCGGGGGCUGACGGGGUCAAGAGAAAAGUCUGCUAUUUCUAUGACCCAGAAGUGGGCAAUUACUACUACGGGCAAGGGCACCCGAUGAAGCCCCAUAGGAUCAGAAUGACUCAUGCCCUGUUAGCACACUACGGUCUUCUCCAGCAUAUGCAGGUCCUUAAGCCCUUCCCGGCAAGGGACAGAGACCUCUGCCGAUUCCAUGCGGAUGAUUACGUCUCAUUCCUUAGGAGCAUAACCCCUGAGACGCAGCAGGACCAACUCAGGCAGCUGAAGCGGUUCAACGUCGGGGAGGACUGUCCAGUCUUCGACGGGCUCUACUCUUUCUGUCAGACUUAUGCUGGUGGGUCUGUCGGUGGGGCUGUUAAGUUGAAUCACGGUCUUUGUGAUAUUGCCAUCAACUGGGCUGGUGGGCUGCACCAUGCUAAGAAGUGUGAGGCUUCGGGAUUUUGCUAUGUCAACGAUAUUGUCCUAGCCAUUCUAGAGCUUCUUAAGCAGCAUGAGCGUGUUUUAUAUGUGGACAUUGACAUUCACCAUGGAGAUGGUGUGGAGGAGGCCUUCUACACAACCGACAGGGUUAUGACCGUUUCAUUCCAUAAGUUUGGAGACUACUUUCCUGGAACUGGGGAUAUUCUUGAUAUUGGAUAUUCCAAGGGGAAAUUCUACUCCCUAAAUGUCCCAUUAGAUGAUGGGAUUGAUGAUGAGAGCUACCAUUAUUUAUUUAAACCCAUUAUUGGGAAAGUGAUGGAAGUCUUUAAGCCUGGUGCUGUGGUUCUUCAAUGCGGGGCUGAUUCUUUGUCUGGUGACCGAUUGGGAUGCUUCAACCUUUCAAUUAAAGGCCAUGCAGACUGUGUGAGAUUUAUGAGAUCAUUCAAUGUGCCACUGUUGUUACUCGGUGGUGGCGGCUAUACCAUUCGAAAUGUUGCUCGUUGCUGGUGUUAUGAGACAGGGGUAGCCCUUGGAAUGGAAGUUGAUGACAAGAUGCCUCAGCAUGAGUAUUACGAAUAUUUUGGACCAGACUAUACUCUUCAUGUUGCCCCAAGCAACAUGGAGAAUAAGAAUACACGGCAAAUGUUGGAGGACAUAAGGUCAAAGCUUCUUGAUAAUCUGUCAAAGCUCGAGCAUGCACCAAGUGUCCCUUUCCAGGAACGGCCCCCUGAUACCGAGAUCCCAGAGGCUGACGAAGAUCAGGAGGAUCCAGAUGAAAGAUGGGAUCCUGAGUCUGACAUGGAGGUUGAUGAAGAGCAGAAGCCACUACCAAGCAGAGUAAAGAGAGAACUAAUAGAACCUGAUGGCAAAGACCAGGACGGUCAGAAAGUAAAUUCAGACCACCCACGAGGUCUUGAUGCAGUUCCUGAGGAGAUUGCACCUGCAAAGGCGUCAGACGUAAGUGCCAUGGCAAUAGAUGAACAACCAGUGAAAGUCGAACAAGAGAACUCUGUGAAAGCAUCGGAUCAGAGCUACCCAAAGUAAAACUUAAUUUGGCACAUUUUGAAUGGCUAUGCAGUUAAAUUAUUCUCUUCAGAAGAGUACCAGCUGAAGGACUCAUGAACAGUGGCCCCGACCUGACCUUUUCGUAGAUUCACACAUUAUAGUGAUUGUGUAAAGCUGGAAAUGGAGGUGCUGUGAAACUGAUUGUACAACUCCUUCAAGUGUAAAACUGUCCCCAUCUCAGAUACCAAGUUGUGUUAUCAUCUUCGAUAUUUCAUUACCCAACUGUAGUUCAAUCAUUUUUGUUGACUGGAUAUACGAUGUUUGUCCUCUCUAGUUA